AUGUCGGAAACAGGUAUUCAAUCAUUGCCAAGUCUAGAUUCAUGGUUUGAAGCUACAAGGAAUAUAUCGAACUUAUAUUUUAAUAGUUCGUUUAUUCAAAAUCGUGAACGUUUCCCUAAUCAACUCGAUCCAAUGAUAAAACAAAUUGCAAUGAAUUUACCAUUACCAGUAACAAAUGAUCCAUUUAAAAAUUUUACUCAAUUAAUUUAUUUAAGUCAAAUAAAUCAAGCCAUGACAUUAAAAAGUAUAAGUGAAGUUUGUCGACUUCAUUCAUCAGUAGACAUGAUUAAUCCAAAGACGAGUCAAGGUCAUACCAUGGGUAUAAUGUAUUGGCAAAUAAAUGACAUGUGGCAAGCACCAACAUGGUCAACAAUUGAAUAUGGAUUGAAAUGGAAAAUGGGUCAUUAUUAUGCAGCUCAUAUGUAUGCACCUGUUUAUCCUAUUACUACUCUGACACCUUAUUUAGCAAAUAUAACAGAUGAAAAUGCUCAACUUUCAAUUGAUGUUGUUAAUGAACUAAUAAAUGGUAUUCAUGGUGACUUAACAUGUUGGAUUCAUACAUUAGAUACAAUAAUGACUCGUUUAACGUUUGGAGGUAGUAUUUUGUUUAAUUCAUCUGGUAUACAAAAUUUUAUGAAUCUAUCUUACCCAUUAUUAAUGAAACGUGCUCAUUGUGAUAAUAAUAGUCAAUGUAUAUUGCAUUGUAUAUUCAAUUCUGAUCAUUAUCCAGUAGAACAAACUUUAUUUUUAAGUCGACCAAAAAAUUAUCAACUUAUGAAUCCAAAUCUUAAUAUUGAAAGUAUUGAACAAUUAUCACCAACAGAUUUUAAUAUUACAUUAACAGUUGAUCGACCAGCUUUAUUUGUCUGGCUUGAUAUAACAGCUAAUGUAACAGGUUAUUUUUCACGAAAUGGAUUUCAUAUGUUCGAAACAAAAAUGUCUAUUAAUUUUCAUUCAUGGAUACCAAUUAUAAAUUUUCAUCAGGCUAACUUUGAGAUACGUUACACAUCAUUGUUUGACGUCACAUUACCAUGA